AUGCAUUACUUUUUUUUUCCGGUGACAAAGAAUCGUGUGAAAAUUAAACCAAUGAUAAAAUGUGGCGGGUGUAAGACGUUUCAAGGAUUACGAAAGCUUUUGGAAAAGUUAAAGUCAACGUAUCUGCCGCUCAAUACGACCCCCUACCUGUUGCGGCGCCGCGACAUCCCGCACGGCAUUCUCAAACUGUUACGUGCCCUAACGUGGACUACAUACUUACCGGAAGAGCCUGCUUGGCCGUCGGUCGCUGCGCCCGUGUAUUUCCUAACAACUUUUACUACAGUUGAAAACAGUUUGAGGCCUGUUCGCAGAUGUUGGGUUCAACUACAUUACUCCUCGGAUACGAUCGGGAGCGAGCACCAAACAAGACGUUCGUCCGCUGAGCCGUCCGGAGGCACAGUGUGA